ACUUUGCCUUGUCAGUAUUGUAAAAGCGACUGCAUUGGCGGCCUUUGUAUCUUUCUCGAUCAUCAACAGAUAGCAAGCUGUCCCGGGUACCUUCCGACCGUGAACAAAGUGCCCAGCGAAUGCAAGAGCGAGGGCAGAAUGGCGUUCAACGAGAUACCGGUAUUGGAUCUGUCAGAAGCCAGGAAUGCGGAUACGAAGCCAGGCUUCCUGAGAAAGCUGAGAGACGCAUUGCUCAAUGUUGGUUUCCUAUACAUCAAAAAUGUGGGAAUCGAUCAAGAGACCUUCGAUCGAGUGUGCGAAGCAGGCAUCAAGUUCUUCGAUUUACCGGAGGAAGAGAAGCUCGCCAUUGAGAUGAAAAACAAGCCGAGCUUUUUGGGAUACUCCCGGCUUGGGAAUGAAAUCACAGCACACAAGGCAGAUUGGCGAGAGCAGUAUGAUCUGAGUACACCCCAUGAUCUUCCCACAGACAAAGAUCCACUAUACUAUAAUCUGCUUGCCCCCAAUCAGUGGCCCAAUGAAAAGCAUUUGCCUAGUUUUCGUGCCAUCUUCGAAGACUACAUGCAGCGUAUGGGCGAAAUCAGCAUGUUCUUCACAAGCCUCAUUGCAGAGGCCUUGGAUAUGCCUGCGAACGCUUUUGAUCGUUUCUUCGAUGUUGGGCAACAGCAUAAGCUGAAAAUCGUCAAAUAUCCGGACAAUGGGACAGGCGUGGGACAAGGCGUUGGUCCUCACAAGGACUCCAUGCUCACGAGUUACCUCUUGCAAGCUUCUGAACACAAAGGACUCCAAGCCCAGAAUACUCGCGGAGAGUGGAUUGACUGUCCCCCCAAAAGAGGCACUCUCGUCGUCGCCGUAGGCCAAGGCCUCGAAGCUCUGACAGAAGGCACUUGCGCGAGCACGACACACCGAGUCCUCAGUCCAGCCUCCGGCACCGGCGCACGCUUCAGCAUUCCCUUCUUCCAAGGCGUUUCCUACGAUGCACAAUUCGAAUCAAUGGACGUUCCAGAGCACGUGCGAGCUUUACGACAGAAUAUUCUUCAAUCACAAGAUGGACGACGGGAUGACGUCGAGUUCACAUUUGUCAAAGGGCGCUGGUCGCAUCUUGGCGAGGCGACGUUGAUGAAUCGGAUUAAAUCGCACCAAGACGUUGGUGAGCGAUGGUACCCAGAUCUGUUGGCGCAGAUCCGCGAACAACAGGCGCGAGAUGCCGCGGUGGUGGAGAAGGGGAUUUCUGGAGGAGCCAAUCAUCAUGUGGUCCAAGAGGACAAUACGAGAGUGGUAGAAGCGCAUUAGCAGGUAGAUCCUUCUACGACGUUGUGGAUUCACUCCUCGUUCACAAAUUUGGUCGGUCGGUACUUCUCACCUUCUGGAGUUGAAGUCCGUCUCCGCUGGUUGUGAGGUGAGGUGCUAGGAGCAUUGUCCGGUGGUAUAGUUCUGACCAGCUGAAGCCUCGAAAUUAGCGCUUUGGCGCUUGGAUAGACGGGAACAAGAAAUUGGCGGUCGUAACUCUCGCCCGUGCAUUGCGUGCUGCUUGCGAUUGUG